AUGCGUCGCGCCAGCCGAGACUACACCAAGUACUUGCGCGGCUCCGAGGAGCUGGGCAGCGGCGCCGCCCACGAGAGCGCCCCGGCGCCGCCGCCGCCCCCGCCGCCCCCGCCGCCAGCAUCUCGCUCCCUCCUCGUCGCCCUCGUCCUCCUGGGGCUGGGGCAGGUGGUCUGCAGCGUCGCCCUCUUCCUCUACUUCCGAGCUCAGAUGGACCCUACUAGAAUUUCAAAAGAACAUGCACACUGUGUCAGAACCCUUUUUGGACACCAAGAAAGUGCAGAUUUGCAUGAUGCCUCCUUUGAAAGUCAAGAAGCGAAGUUAAUGCCAGAAUCCUGUAGAAGUGUGAAACAGGCUCUCCAAAGGGCUGUGCAGAGGGAAGUCCAGCGUGCUAUGGGAAGAACGCCACCAAGACCAGAAAAAGCUGCAAUGGAGGCAUUAGGACUUGAACUGUACAAGAGGAACAAACCUGAGAAGCAGCCAUUUGCCCAUCUCAUUAUUGAUGAUAAGAAUAUUCCGUCUGGAACUGGCAAAGUGAACCUCACAUCCUGGCAUCAUGACAAAGGCCAGGCAAACUUAUCAAAUAUGACAUUCAGUGAUGGAAAACUAAUUGUUAAUCAAGAUGGAUUUUACUAUCUUUAUGCCAAUAUUUGUUUUAGACAUCAUGAAACUUCAGGAAACUUGACUAAAAGAGGGCUUCAGUUGAUGGUGUAUGUGAUUAAGACAAACUUUAAAAUAAGGCGCUUUGAUGUGUUGAUGAAGGGAGGAAGCACCCAAUACUGGUCAGGGAGCUCAGAAUUUCAUUUUUAUUCUGUAAAUGUAGGGGGGUUUUUUAAAUUAAAAUCCGGUGAAAUGAUAAGUAUCCAGGUAUCAAACCCAUUGCUACUGGAUUCUUCACAAGAAGCAACUUAUUUUGGAGCAUUUAAAGUUAGGGAUUUAGAUUGACUCUUUCUUUAGUGUGCUGAAAAUUGUUUGAGUUUUUAGUUGUCCAACAACAACUUGAAGAACUGAAAAUCUUCUGCAACCCAGUUACAUCUGUGUAAGCCAUGUAUCUCUAAAGACACGUUUUUGUCCCACACAGGCUCCACAGGAGUCCUGCAAAUGUAUGGAAGGACAAAAUUGCACAGUUCUCCUGAUUUAGUCUUAAAGCAGUUUUACUUCAUUUGUCUCCACUGGCCUCACAAGAGUCAGUGUGCCCUUUGCAUUUGUAGUUAAAAUCAGAACAAUUAAUAUUAUUGAGCUUCUGUUUCCAGGUUCUGCCCUGAUUACUAGUUUUGGUGCAAACUUAGGGCAGGACAGAGCUUGGCUCCCAACUUGCAUUCAGGGCUCCAUUUUACUUGGGGUUGAGUAUUCUGACUCUGAGACAGCAAAGAUUAUGAAAGUGUGACUAAUCCCAUUGCAUUUGAUGUGGCUUUUCAUGUGUUGAAUUGGGGUUGAUUUUGCUUCGCUGGAUUAGGGUUGGAGAGCUCAGACCACGGCAGAAAUGGGUUGGAGAACACCUAAACAGUUCAACUUAGCUUUUACCUGAUUAAAGGGGCCAUUCCAGGAAGAAGGGAGAUCAUCUGGCCUUGCAGUUCUAAAAAAAGUUAAUUACAGGUCAUGUUAUUAUUGUUGCACAGUUAAUUGCAAAUAUAGAUUGCCAAACUAUGGUGUGCCUUUGAAGUAUUACAUUGUGCCAGA